ACCAAUCGUUAAAUUAUUACACAUGAACUCAGACAAUGGAAGCAACGUCUACUAAUGAAGAAGAUGAUUCUACACUGCCACAAAUUGAAACAAAGUUUAAAUUACUUGAAUUUGAAAAGCAGAUUUUUAUUGAUGUCUUUGAGAAAGAUGCACUUCUUAUAUUAGCCAAAGGAUUAAAUUAUAAUGGAAUCAUUUCAAAUUUAUUAUGGGUUUACAAGGACCCAGCCAACUUAGUUUUAGUUAUUAACAGCAGCGAUCAUGAAGAAAAGUAUUUCACAGAGAAAUUCAACUUGAAACCGUUACCAAAUCUGGGUACUGAAAGGGAAAAGGUGUACCUAGAAGGCGGAGUCCAGUUUGUCUCAACCCGCAUAUUGGUGGUUGACUUGUUAAAACAGCGGGUGCCCGUGGCUAAGAUCACGGGGAUCAUAGUGUUACGAGCACAUACUGUGCUCGAGUCCUGUCAGGAGGCGUUUGCUUUGAGGCUCUAUAGGCAACAUAAUAAGACAGGUUUUGUAAAGGCAUUCUCCAGUUCACCAAUUUCAUUCACUUUCGGAUACCACCAAGUGGAGAAGGUGAUGCGAGCUGUUUUCGUAACGGAAUUAUUUUUAUGGCCCAGAUUUCACGGCACCAUCAUACAAUGCCUCAAGAAAAGACAGGCAGAGGUAGUAGAGCUGCAUGUACCGCUCUCUUCCAACGUGAACCACAUUCAAAUGUGCCUGCUGGACAUAAUGAAUUACACCGUAAAACAACUUAAAAGCGUCAAUAGGACUCUAGACAUGCAGGAAAUCACGACUGAGAACUGCAUUUCAAAGAAGUUCCACAAAAUUCUCCAAUCGCAGCUGGACUGCGUGUGGCACCAGCUCAGCACGAGGGUCAAGGAGUAUGUUCAGGACCUCAAGGUGCUUAGGAGCAUGAUCAUCAACCUGAUCCACGACGACUCCGUCUCGUUUUACGCCCUAGUGAGCAAAUACAGGACCCCGGAAUAUGCCAAAGUGAACUCGGGAUGGAUUCUCUUAGACUCGGCGGAACAACUCUUCAGGUUGGCCAAGUCGAGGGUUUAUAACCACAAAAAUGAAUUCGAUCCCGAACAUUUACCGAAAUGGAAAGUCCUUAGCGAUUUACUACUAGAAGAGAUCCCCGAAGAAGUCAAAAAGAAAAAUAAAGGAAGUCUAAACAGUACAAAAAUACUAAUACUCUGCCAAGACAGCAGAACUUGUAGCCAACUGAACAACUUCCUAACCAUGGGCGCUAAUAAAUAUCUCUUCUACACCGCAUUUAGGAGAGAUUUAAAUAUAACUACUCUAGCUUCUAAGUACAAAGACAUAAAUACGAUAGCAAGUGAUUUAAAAAAAGAACCGGUAAAUGAAGAGACCGGAGAUAUUAAUAAGCUUGAAGAGGAAGAGAUAGAAGAUUGCGAUAGAACGAAUUAUGUGUUGACUUUGACGCAACUGGCAACGCAGAGUGAUAACAAAACGUCGAAGAAUGAGAGCAUGUUCGAACCUAUUUCACAGAUAGACAAUUUAGACAUAACACAACUCGAGACCGAAAAGCCGAUCAUCUGCAUCAGAACGUUCAAAGAGAACGGCAACCAUUUCUCGCUGGAACAGGCGCUGGAGUCGCUCCGGCCUGAAUACAUAAUCCUGUACCACAGCGAUGUGGCCGCGGUGCGGCAGAUUGAAUUGUUCGAGGCUCGAAAGGCUGAAGGCGAACCUCGGUGUAAGGUGUAUUUCGUGAUACACGAUAAAACUGUGGAGGAGCAGGCGUAUCUCACCUCACUCAAGAGAGAGAAACAGGCCUUCGAGCUGCUUAUUCAAGCUAAAAGUGUUAUGGUGGUGCCGUCAUAUCAAGACGGCAAGACAGAUGAAUACUUCAACAUGAAUAUUGAAGAUGAAGAAGACGCAGUGGAUACGAGAAAAGCUGGCGGACAACAGCCGAAAGAGAAACCGAUGGUGAUCGUGGACAUGCGCGAGUUCCGCUCCGACCUGCCGGCGCUGCUCCAUCGGAAGGGCAUCCACGUCGAGCCCGUCACCAUCACUAUCGGCGACUACAUCCUAACCCCAGACACGUGCGUAGAGCGCAAGUCCAUCUCUGAUCUGAUCGGCUCGCUGAACUCGGGGCGACUGUACACGCAGGCAACGCACAUGUGUCGCUGUUACGCACGCCCCGUUUUACUGAUAGAGUUUGAUCAGAAUAAGCCCUUUAAUCUACAGGGUCACUUCGUGGGAUCAAGUGACAUGUCGGGCGCGGACAUCCAGCAAAAACUCCAGCUGCUCACCAUCCAUUUCCCGAGGCUCAAGCUCGUGUGGUCGCCCUCGCCCUACGCCACCGCCGAGCUCUUCCAUGAACUCAAGCAAGGCAAAAAGAACCCCUCCGUGUCUGAAGCCAUCGCGUUCGGCGGCGACAACACCGCAGACGACGUCAACUACGAGCGCUACAACGUUCUAGUACAUGACUUCGUGCAGAAACUACCCGGAGUCACUAGCAAGAACUUAGCGCGGAUCAUGAACAAGGGACGGUCACUGGACCAUCUGAUCACACUAGACAAGGAACAACUGGCAGAGGUGAUAGAAAACAAAAACGAAGCAGAAACAUUAUACUCAGUGUUGCAUGUCAAGGCGACGCCUUCGGACGCAGGCAAAGACGAAAAACAGGCCGGAAAGAAGAAAUUCACAGGGAAACUGUUCAGGAGUAAAACUAAAAAAACUUAAUGUGAAGGAUAAUUUAUUUUCGAGCUAUACAAUAAUUUAUAAGGAAUAAAUCAAAUU